AUGUCUGCCGGCGGGCAACCGAGCCACGGAAUCGGCGGGUGGUUCCCGGAGGAGCUACAUACGGGAAUCUUGUCCAGGCUGCCGAACUCCGCCUCCAUCGCCCGAUUCCGCUGCGUCAGCAAAUCGUGGCGCCGCCUCCUCUCCGACGACCCCGAAUUCAUCGCCAAAAUCCUCUUCUCCUCCUCCUCCGACGCCGGCGCGGGAAACCGAGACGCUCACAUCAUGACCGUUCGUUCCCGCUAUCUCCCGACGACGUCGUACUCCAUCGCCGGCUGCGCCGAGGGGAUCCUCUGCAUCUCCCGCCCCUUGUCCACGCGGGAAAUCAUCCUGUGGAAUCCCACGACUUCAGAGGCCAAGCUGCUGCCGCCGAAGCCGCUGCUUUACUGGUUCCGCCCCGAAGGAAGCCAUCUCUGGUUAGGGUUCGACCCGGUAACGGAGGACUACAAGGUGCUUGUUUGGCUCUGGAAUUACGAAUCCCACAAGAUUUUCGUGUACAGCCUGAGGAACGAUUCGUGGCGGCGCCUCUGCCGCCGCGGGCCGGAGUGGUUGAACUGCGGCAGCGGUCGAAGGGUCGGUAGCACGGCGGCGGGAUCCCCAACCACGAGAAGAUGCCACUGGAUUUCUUCCGGCGGCGAUGGAUGCUCUCAGCUUGUCUCCUUCGACGCAAUCAAGGAAACGUUCACGGAGCUGGAGCUGCCCUCGCCGCCGCGGGAAAAUCAGGAGCGCCCAUAUGUCAGUACCGAAGAUUCGUUUCUCAUGGGGAAAGAUGACUCUUACCUUGUCGCAGUGUACUCUGGAAUCAGACGACCCAAUUCGAUGUCGUCGCCGGCGGGGAUUUUCUUGGAGGUCUGGCUGGCAUUGAACUAUGAGGCGCUCGGGAGGAAGGAAUGCCCUUGGGUCAGAUUGUACAACGUCUACGCCGAUGACGCAAUUCCAGCUCCAGCUCCAGCUCCAGGAGCUCCGUCGGCUACAGGGGUUUGGGAACACGGCGGGUUCUUCGUCCGGUGGAUGGUGAUUGAUGAACCUGGAAUAGGCCGGACGUAUAUACAGACGGAGAAUGGGAUGGGGGAUCCUAUGGCCGACGGCAAGUUCUAUUUGAAACGUGUGACUUACCGUCCGUCCACAGUUUCCUUGUCCCACUUUGCGGAAAGCAAAAAGUCGCUCAUCAAAAGGGCAAGAGAUACUUGCCGCUCGAUCUGUCGAACGGUUUAUGUGGAUUACUCUCCAUGA